AUGCUUUUUUUUCUUUUUUCUCUCUUUUGUUUUCAUUGGAUAUUUUUGUUUUAUUUUUGGCUUCUUUGUUCUCAUUGUUUCAUUCUUUUUUGUUUGUUUUCUUUCUAUUCUAUUUUUUUAUUUUUUAUUUUUCUGUUAAAUAUUUUAUUCUUUUGUAUUGUUUCUUUUUUCACCUUUUUCUUUGAUGCCUUACGUUUUUUUAUUUCCUUCUUUUUACGCUUUGUUGUAUUGUUUCUUUUUUUUCUAAUUUUCCUUCCUUCUUUAUUGUUAGUUUUAUUUCGGUUCUCUGAUAUUUCUUUACUUUCGGUUCUUUUCAUUGUUUCUUUUCUUUUUUUCUUUUUUAUUUUUUUAGUCCUUUGGUUUUUGUUAAUUCUUUUUUCUUUUUGUCUUCUGUUCUUUUCCUUUCCUUUCUCCUCUUUACAAAAGCUUCUUUUCUUUUUGGUCUUCCUUUCUUCUUUGCUUUCUUCUAACUCUUUCUUUCAUUUCUUUCAUUCCUUACUCCUUUUCUUUCAUUCCUUACUUCUUCUCUUUUGUUUCUUUUAUUCCUUACACUUUUUGUUUUCAUUUCUGCCAUGCCUCACACUUUUUCUUUCAUUUCUUUCAUUCUUUACUAUUUUCUUUCAUUCCUAUAAUUUUUCACUCUUUUUUUUUCAUUUCUUUCAUUCAUCACUCGUUUUCUUUCAUUUCUGCCAUGUCUCACUUUUUUCUUUCAUUUCUUUAAUUCCGCAUUCUUUUUCUGCAAUUGCUUUCAUUCCUCACUCUUUUCCUUUUAUUUCUUUCAUUUCUCACUCUUUUUCUCUUAUUUUUAUCAUUCCUCACUCUUUUUCUUCUCUUUUCUUAUAUUCCACACUCUUUGUCUUUCAUUUUUCAUUCCUCACUCUUUUUUUCGUUUCUUUCAUUUCUCAAUUUUUUUCUUUUAUUUCUUUCAUUCUUCAAUCUUUUUCUAUAUUUCUCCCUUAA